GUCAGCCGAACAAAAGAAGGCCUUUUGGGAAAAACCUUUAAACCCUUUUUGUGUAUCCGAUUCCGAAGCAAAAGACAUUCAGGCUCUUCACACGGCGUCAAUGUCUGAGAACGCAGCCAAAAACAUCAUGGAGAACAAGAUUUGUAAAGACGCCAUCGUGUCUGAGUUACAGAAGAAGAAAGUUCAUCUCUUUUACUGCUUAGAGUGCGAAGAGCUUGCUCACAAUAUCGCCGCCGCUUCUGAUCAUAUCACCCUUCAAUCCAUCAACUGGAGGAGCUUUGCUGAUGGAUUUCCGAAUCUGUUUAUUAACAACGCACAUGAAAUCCGAGGCCAGCACGUUGCUUUCCUUGCUUCAUUCAGUUCUCCAGCGGUCAUCUUUGAGCAGAUCUCUGUCAUUUACUUGCUCCCUCGCUUGUUUGUCGCGUCCUUCACCUUGGUGUUACCUUUCUUCCCCACUGGUUCCUUUGAGAGAAUGGAAGAGGAAGGAGAUGUAGCAACUGCUUUUACCAUGGCAAGGAUUGUGUCCAAUAUCCCCAUUUCGCGUGGAGGUCCGACCAGUGUAGUCAUCUAUGACAUUCACGCUCUGCAGGAAAGGUUUUACUUUGCUGAUCAGGUUCUUCCUUUGUUUGAGACUGGAAUCCCGUUGUUGACGAAACGUCUUCAACAGCUUCCUCAAAACGAGAAGAUCAUAGUUGCAUUUCCAGAUGAUGGAGCCUGGAAGCGUUUCCACAAGCUGUUGGAUCAGUAUCCCACGGUGGUGUGCACAAAGGUUCGUGAAGGCGAUAAGAGAAUUGUCAGGCUUAAGGAAGGAAACCCCGCUGGUUGUCACGUUGUUAUUGUUGAUGAUCUUGUGCAGUCUGGGGGUACACUCAUUGAGUGCCAGAAAGUAUUGGCAGCUCAUGGAGCCGCGAAGGUGAGUGCUUAUGUAACUCAUGGUGUCUUCCCAAAGAGCUCAUGGGAGCGUUUCACUCACAAGAGCAACGGACUAGAAGAGGCGUUUGCUUAUUUCUGGAUUACGGAUUCUUGUCCACAGACGGUUAAGGCCAUAGGAAACAAGGCUCCUUUCGAAGUCUUGAGCCUCGCGGGAUCCAUUGCUGAUGCACUGCAGAUUUGAAACAAUAGAGAUGAUAAAGCCUUGGUCUUUGCUCGUCUUGGUGGUUUUUGCCUUGGUGUUGUACUCGUAGGAGAUAGUUUAUGAAAUAAUCAUGUCACUUUUGCUGAGACAGAUUGUUAAACCUCUUUUCUGUUCUUCACUUCUUGUUGAUUGAUCUUGUUAU